AUGAAACCUGAAAACAGUACCGAUACAGAAAUGAAGAACACAAUUAGUGAUGCAAUUGAUACAGAGACACCCCGAUUGAAAUCAUUGUCUGUAUCUGACGACAAUGAAAGCAAGAAAUUAGCCACUGAGAAUCAGAUGAAGAAAAAAAAAAAAAAGCCAACCGUAGGGGAGGAUGUGUUUACCAGACAGAGCGUGAAGAAUUGGCAAGAGCCACGUAUAAAAGCCUGGCAGUCUAGAUACACGUCUCCUGAAGCCUUUUAUUUUCGAUUUGUUACGCCCGGUGAAGGAGUUAAAACAGGUCCUUGGAGUCCUGCAGAACAAGCAUUAUUUAUGAAAAGAUAUAAUGAAUGGGUAGAAAAAGAAUAUAAAAUUGGUGCAUCCUGGGGAAUGUUUAGCUGCGCUAUACCUCACAGAGUUGGGUAUCAAUGUAUGGGCAAUUAUCGUCGACUCCUUAGUGCUGGACAGUUAACCGACGACAGUUACGAGACCAUCAAUGGAAAAUUGAAACAAACGAAUCGAGGCAAACCCCCAGGAUACAAAGUGCCGGUAAUGGAUAAGUUAGGGCCAGAAUGGGAAGAUGAAGAAGUGAAGGAGAUAGAAAAAAACGUAGAUCAAUGGGUGAAAGAGUUUCAUGCAGGAUCUGCUUCCUUAAAAAAAGGUCCGUCACGAUCAUCUACUGCGAAAAAAGCUGCUCCAAGAGUGCUGAAAACGACAUCAAGAGGAUCAAGCAUAGGAAAUUUACUGAAAAAAAUGCCUUCACAGAAUAGAGAAACCGGGACCGAUUAUGAUUUUAUGAUAGAGGCUGUUGAUCCGGAGAUAGCUCACCUUCAACAGAGAGAUUGGGAAACAGAGUGGCAAUCUCGAUUAGAGAACUAUAAGAAAUUUUUAGAGUAA